CAAAACCAGUGUAAGAGUAUCCUGACCGUAAAUCGAGACUCUAUCCUGAUUUUUUCUACCCUUGGUUAGGUUCUAUCCCUCUACCCCAGAAAAUCAUCUCCAAAAUCCAAAUUGAACCCUUUGUUCCAACUUUUGAAAGAGAAUAAGACAAAGAGCAGAGAUUUCUCUUGCAUGUGUUGAGAGGUUGGUAAUUUAUCAAGUGGGAUAGACCCCACAACAGAGAAUUCCCUCCAACCAACCAAAUCCACACAUACAACCCUCUUUAAUUCCUUCAUUCAAUCACUAUUACCAUUACUUCAACACUCUUAAUUCCUUCACCAAUCACAAUUGCCAUUACUUCACUUUAAAAUCAUUCACUGACUUUUUUCUUCAUUUCAGUUCUCUUUCUUUCUUUUGUUUUCAGAUGCCAGGAACAAUUCAAGUUUCAGUGUUCGAUUUAUUGGAUUUUCCAUCUUCCUCUUCUUCGACGAUAUCAAUUAAAGUGUCAAUGGGGAAGAGAGAAUUUCGUACAUGGGAUAAAGGAGACUUUUCAUUCCCAUUAACGACUCUUCGUGAUAACAUUAUCGUAACAAUCCAUGAUGCUGAGGGCAAAGAACUUUCCCGAACAGGUGUGGCGACCAUGUCGGUAGUUGAGAAAGGAAUUUUGGAUGAUUUUUUCGUCCUCGAAGGAGGCGGGAGACUGCACAUGAAGUUGCAGUUUAUUCUCAAUAGUGUAGAGCGCAAGAGAAUUCAAGAACUGAGAGAAAUUGCGUUGAAGAAAAAACAAGAGGAGAUUCUCAUUGAUAGGGUGAGACAUUCAGAAGCUGCUGCAUUGGCUAGGUUUCGUAGUAAUGUUGGGUCGUCAUCUAUGUCUCUCAACCACGAGGUCACAGAAAGCCUUGUGCAAAAGGAAGCUGAGAGCAGUGGUGCAGAAUUUCUCAGAAAUGCUGAUAAUCGGAUCAAAGACCCGUCUGAUUCAUUAAAUGAAGAUGGCGUUCUGGCUGCUCAAUUAGCGCAUCCAGAUCCCAAAUCUGCUUCCAUUAUAAAGAAUCCGUUGCAGACUCCUAGUAGUCGCAUAAAGGAUUCAAUACCGGGCAUAGAAGAUAGCCAGGAAAUUCUCCUCGACCGGUCAGAGGAACCAAUUCGGAGUGUUAUAGACGGAGGGGAUGAUUUAUCAAAAGUUCUGUUGACAGAGGAGCCUCAAUUCCAUCAUGCUAAAGCAGAAAAGCAAGAUAUUGACAAGAUCAAUACUCAGGUACCACCUGUUGAAGUUCCUACAAGUUCCGGUGAAGGAACUUUAUCAACAGUUCUGUUGUCAGAAAAGCUUCAUAUCCAUCAGAAAGUCAUCGACAAGAUUGAGACUCCGCUAACUUCAGUAGAUAUUCCUACAAAUUCCAGUGAAGGCAUUACUUUAUCAACGGUUCUAGUGUCAGAAGAGCUUCAAAUUCCUUAUGGUAAAUCCGAUGAGAAAGUUGUUGAUGAGAGUGAGACUCGGAUACCUUCUAUUGUUAUUCCAACAAGUCCCAGUUUAUCAACAAAAUAUUUAGGUCCUGAUGCAAAAGAAGUAUCAGAGUCACUCAUUAUGGGGGAGAAUCACAUUGUAAAGAGUACUGGUGCUCAAUUAACUUGGUCAGGUACUCUAAUGGGAGCCGUUUCAUCAUUGGAAGCUUUAGAUACUCAUUCAGUAGACCAUUCAGUUUCAGACACAAUUGAAGUAGAUCGAGACUUAAAUGAGAGCAAGUCUAUGUUACCUCCCAAUGACAUUCCAGCGAGGCCUAUUUCAUCACCAGAGGAGUUAGAGUCUCGUUCGUCAGAGGAUUCAGUUUCAAGCAAAUUCGAAGAAGCUCGAAUCCUGAAUGAGGACAAGACUCCAGGAUCUCCCACUGAUAUCCCACUAAGGCGCAUUUCCUCACUUGUGGAGUUAAAUUCUCAUCCGGGUAACUAUUCUAUUUCACCCAAAUCUGAAGUAGAACGAAGCUUGAACAACAACGAGACUCUGAUACCUCCUACAGAUACCCCAGUGAGGCUCACUUCAUCAUUUAAGGAUUUGGGAAACCAUUUGAAUUCAAGCAAAUUUGGAGAAGUACAGAUGCUGAACAAGACCAAGAUGCUGGUAGCUACCACUGAUGUUUCAAUGAGGCGUGUUUCAUCACAUGGAAAUUUCGGUGACCAUUCACGUUCUAGCAAAUUUGAAGAAGACCGUCUUGUUUCUCCUGAGAAGCCUAGUGUAACGAAGAGAAUGCCAAGUAACGUAAGGAAAAUGAUAAGUGCUUUCGAAACUAGUCAAGCUAAGGGUCAGGUGACUCGUGUUGAUCCACCGAUUAUCAGAACCCAGCCAAUGAAGAGUAAAUUUAACAUUUCUCCAGCAGAACCAACAGUGAAGGAAGUUAUGAAAGAUAUGAAUUACAUUAGAGAAAGAAAAGAUGGAGGUUUGGAGCAAAAUGGAAAAGAAGCUAGACAUGCAUAUGAAACAUCACAGGAAGAGUCUAAGAACACAAUGAGGGAGACACAUAACACAGGAAUAGCUGCAGAAACGGGAUCAAGGUUGUCGUCAGCAGUGAAGACUCAGGAGAGGAAUUUGCAAGAAAGUGCAAGCGAGAUCAGACAACGAAUUCCAGUUAGUUUGGAGCAGGAUGGAAGAGAUAAGUUAUGUGAACAAGGACCGUCUCAGGAACAGCUAAUAGAGGCAACUACUUCUCCAAGUCACAUGCCUGCUGCUACCAAGCUUCUCGAGACGGAUCAACAUCCUAAUAUCGCGUCCCAACUGAGAACGUGUGUACAACAUAUAGAGAAGCUGAUAUUAGUUGAACCUGGAUGUGACAAAACACAACUGCCAGAAGAUUAUAGGGCUAAAAAGUAUCCGGUUGGUAAUUCAGGAAGUUGCAUACUCACAGACGAAUCAAGGCCUUUAUGUAUUACAACUGGAACUAAGCAAUUGAUGAAUCUUGUUGGAGGUAGUAGUAACUUCUCAGAAAUUGAUCAGGGGGAGAAUAGUUCAUACCAAACAGACAUCACAAAUGAGCAGAAUUUGCACCACAACAUUUGUGGUGAGGUGCAGAAAUUAGGGAAAGCUUCUGAUGAUACGAGAAAAUCGAACCUUGAAGGGCCACAAAAUGUUAUCGAAGGACUCAUUGGACAGGCAGGAAAAGUUGCAGCUAUAGUUGCAUUUGGGGCCCUUGUUAUUUUUGCUAGAGAAAGAUAAACUACGGUAGGUGGAUAUCCGUUUACGUAUUGUUUUCAGCUGCACGUUGAAUCGUUGAUCACAAUCAUUCGUCCUUUCAGAAUUCCCACCCUAUGUCUUCCGAAUAUGUGUGUUUCUUAAUCAUUUUUGUAUAGAUUUAGACGAAAAAUGCAAUAAUAAGAAAUUUUCCUGUCUGGACGAAAAAUGCACAUAUGUAAGCUUAAAAUAGGGCAAUUCCUGGUUCUAGUACGCAAUUAUUAGGUCAUUUUUUAGGCUUUUGUAUACUCAUCCAUUCAUUCAAGAUUUGGUGUAUGGUCCACAAAGAUGCACACAUUAUAUUUUGUCACUUGACUCUAUCUUUUUGUACCCAUAUCUGUCUUUCGUUAGGUCAAUGUUAAAGAAAUUAGAGACUAUUCAAUGAAUGUGUAUUUUCUUCUUUGUA